GAGGCCAGUUGUAAACUUUCGCUCGUGAGAGGAAGGCGUUGCUCCUUCUCGUCGUGAAUAUCUGUGGCCGCUCCGAGAAUAAGCCCUGUGAUUUGAAGUGAUUUGUGUGAAAUAUUUCGAGUGAGUGAAAGAUACAAUGACGUAAAUGCAGAGUGUGGUCGUUUUUUAAAAAGGAAGUGGCGAAAGAAAAAGAGAAAAGUUACGGGGAUUUGAAGUAGCUGUGACAAGGCGCUGCUUACCUGUCCUCGAACAAAAUGGGUGACGAGGCCAUCACGGCGCGUCGCGCGCAGGAGCGGGAGAACCUCCGCCACAUCAUCCAGCAGUGGAACGCCAACAGACUUGACCUCUUCGAAAUCUCAGAGCCUAAUGAGGAGUUGGAGUUCCACGGCGUGAUGCGGUUCUACUUCCAGGACUCUGGCCAGAAGGUGGCCACCAAGUGCAUCCGCGUGUCCAGCAACGCCAACUGCCGCUACGUGAUCGAGACGCUGGUCGAGAAGUUCCGGCCGGACAUGAGGAUGCUGUCCAUCCCCGAGUACGCGCUCUACGAGAUCCACGAGAAUGGAGAGGAGCGACGGCUCGCCGACGACGAGAAGCCUCUGCUGGUGCAGCUCAACUGGAACAAGGACGACCGCGAGGGGCGCUUCCUGCUGCGGAGGAUGGACCUCAAGUCCGCCAUGGGGGGAGAGCUGAUUUUCCAGGCAGGUCAUACCAUAGUCAACACCCUGCCCCCUCACCCCACCACUCCCGUGCCUUCCAAAGACCAGCCUUUCACACGCAAGCUCUCCAAGCGCGAAAAGAAGGAGCUCAAGAAGGCAGAGAAAAUGCGUAGGGCCAAUGAAACAAAUGAAAAUGAUUCUUCUGUAGCUGAGAAAUUAUAUACAGGGUCCAUCAUGUUCCACGUGCGACGACGCCCUGCGGAUUACGGGCCGCGAAAAAGGAAGAAGAAGCCCAUCAAGGGCAUGGGCGGCGGGGGCGGACCUGGUGGCGACGCCCACGAGCACCAGCGCCCACGCGACCCGCACUUCUUGCCCGACAGACUACCCUUCCUCAUCGAGCUCGGACCCGACGGACAGGAGCUGGGCGGGACGGGCCGCCAGCACCAGCUGCACCUCAACGUAACUGAAGUAGGCACGGACCGCAGCGCCCACACGGGCGGACAGUCGCUGCAGCUGUUCGGGCCGAACAUCCAGGCGCGCCAUUGCGUCAUCGCCCACACGGAGGGCAUCGUCACGGUCACGCCCUGCUCCAGGGACGCCGACACCUUCGUCAACGGGCAGCGCAUUUACGAGACCACCAUUCUGCAGCACGGCUGCAUUGUGAGGUUCGGUCGUAUUCACAACUUCCGGUUCAUUGACCCUCAGCAGGAUGACAGGAUGCGCCAACAUCAUCUCAUGGACAGGUCCGGGCAGGAGAAGGUUGGCCCAGGGGGACCAGGGGAGAAGGCGGAGGCUGGGGGGGACUCCGUGUCGCAUGCUGGUUCACACACGGGCUCACAGGCCGGGUCGCGCAACUCUAGGUCGUCUGCACAGGAACGACCCAACAGAGCUGACCAGAGCUUUGAGGGCAGCUCGAGGACCAUCAGGCGUCAUGCUAUGAGCAACUACGAGAGGUACCCACCAGCGAGGGACCCCAUACUCCCGGCAGUGCUGGAGUUCAGGGAGGAGAGCGAGGAUGCCUUCCUUCACAGCAUCACUACCGACUUGGACCCCAUCGACGUGCAGUUUAAACUUGCCCCAACAUACACGCUGUACAUGGCUGCUAGAUUCAGGGCAUCUACUCAUUAUCGCCCAGAGCUCAGUCCCACAGAGCGCGCCCACAGGCUGACUGAAAUGCUCACAAAGGUUGCUGCAAUGGUUCAAAAUGUUAUACACUCUCGACACGGAGACCCAACAUCUUUGGCCUUCUGGAUGGCCAAUGCGUCCGAACUGCUUCACUUCUUGAAGCAAGACCGACACAUUUGUGGCUACUCUCUUGAUGCCCAAGACAUUCUUGCAGAAGCUGUGCAAGUUGCAUUCAGGAGUCUGGUAGAUUGCAUGCAAGCAGAAUUAUCAACCUCAUUACCAAUGUUCCUGGAAGACCGAGAUGAUGUGAACGAGGAGGAAGGAUCGACAGCACACGUAUUGUCGAUAUUAUCGAACACGAUGGCCCUGCUGCGGAGGUGUCGCGUAAACGCUGCUCUCACCAUUCAGUUGUUCUCACAGCUCUUCCACUUUAUCAACAUGUGGGUGUUCAACCGCAUUGUGGCUGACCCGCUCCCCAAUUACUGCACCAGAGUAUGGGGCAUCCGGCUUAAACGUCGACUGGCUCGCAUUGAACUGUGGGCGGAGAAACAAGGCCUCGAGCUGGCUGCAGACUGCCACCUGGCCAGGCUCUCACAGGCUGCAAUGUUGCUACAUGCACAGAAGUCUGCCCCUGAUGACAUAGCUACAAUAUCAUCCACAUGCUUCAAACUCAACUCCCUCCAGUUGCGAGCCUUGCUGGAGAAAUACCAGCCCGCUCCAGAUGAGCCAAGGAUUCCCCAGGACCUCGUUGAUAAUGUUGUUGCUGUGGCCGAGAGCACCGCCGACGGCCUGGCAAGAGAGGAUGGGCGCGAGGUGCGCCUGGAGGAGGAGAUCGACCUGCAGCUGCCGUUCCUGCUGCCAGAGGACGGCUACUCGUGCGACAUCGUGCGAGGCGUGCCGUCAGGGCUGGCUGAGUUCCUGAACCCCCUCCAGCACGCGGGGCUUUGCCGCAUGAACCCCCAACCGUCCUCUUCGGGCUACUGGACCAUUUACAUGCACGACCAGGAGAUGAGGCCGCCGCCAGGGCCGCGAAGCCCGAGCGUGAUGAGCAACCGUUCGCUUUCGAUCCCAAGAGGCGAGCCCGAGAUCCACGUGAUUCAGCUCCACAAGUCCAACAACGGCAUGGGCCUCUCCAUCGUUGCUACAAAGGGCGUGAACCAGGACAAGCUCGGGAUCUACAUCAAGAGCGUGGUGCCGGGCGGAGCUGCCGACCAGGACGGAAGGCUGCAGGCCGGCGACCAGCUGCUGUCGGUGGACGGCAAGUCCCUGAUCGGCAUCAGCCAGGAGCGUGCGGCCGAGUACAUGAUGGAGACGGGGCCCGUCGUGACGCUGCAGGUGGCCAGGCAAGGGGCCAUCUACCACGGCCUGGCCACUAUCCUGUCGCAGCCGUCGCCGCAGGUCAACCGAGCCUCCCAGCGGAAGAUGCGGUCUCGGGCGGAGGAGGUCGGGCGCGCCGCCGCCAUGACUAACAGCCAGUCCGCGCCUAACAUGGGCGGCUACAACGAGCGGCUGGUAGACUGGAAUCAGCCUCCCCGCCACCACCCCCUCCCUCCCACCUCCUCCCACAGCUCCCUGAUGGCUAGGUCGAGCCCCAACCUGGCAGCGGCACCAGAAGGUUACCCUGGUGGUCGUCACUUGAGUGAGCGUGAUCUGCCAUCUAAAGUCCUCCGUGAGCACAACCAGGAACCCCCUGCACCACCCCUUCUCCAUCAGGCUCCCCGUAUGCAAGCAUCAAAGUCUGUCCCCUCAUUAAAUAGUGAAGCUGGUAGUAGUGUUGGGGGAAAACCAGCAUCACUGGAGGUCUUCAACCCUUCAUACUCUCGCACCUCCUCAAACACCUCUUUGUCACAGCCUCAGAACCCACACUUUGCUCACCAUCCCCACCAACAUCCACAACAACAACCACAACACCAGCAGCAGCAGCACCAGCAACCACCUAUUCGCUCAAGGUCAACUCAAAAUCUCAGUGAUGGAAGUUAUCCAGGCCUUGUGGGUAGGCACCCUAGCAACCCAAGCCUUGUGGUGGAGGAAGAGCGCUACUAUCAGAAUGUGAACUUCCAUCAGGGUCCUCAGGAUCCUCGCAUGGGCUCGACACGUACUCGUCCCAGCCAACCACUGCCCAUGGGGUCCCCUGCUUCCCAGGGCCCUCCUGAACAGUUGCGCCAGGACCACCCUCGGCAUGAGCCCCGUAGCGAGCGACCUGCUUCAGCCUUCAUGCAGCGUGAAGACAUGGUGCCACAGAGGACAGAAAUGACCAGACCUGCUUCACAGCGUGACAUUCGUGCUGAUGCUAAGAUGAUGGAGAUGACAGAAGAAGUGCGUCGGAGAGAGGAGCGUAUGCGCCUCAAUGGUCACCCACCUGCAUCCCAGCAACAGCGGCCAGGCCCACAGCAGGUUCAUCGUGUGCCAAAUGCCUACUCCCCAGGAACUCCCUUUUCCCCAGAGGGCUUUAAUGGGCCUCAGGGUUUCCCAGGCCAGCACCCAGGCUAUCACCCAGCCACAUCCCAGCCCAUCAGCCCUCAAGGGACCAUGGCAGGACUCCAGCAGCAGCCCCAGCAUGCUCAUCCCCAGUAUGCAGGUCACCCACAAGGCUUCCCAGGUGGCAAGUUUCCCCCACCAACUGCUCCCAAGCCAAAAUCACAAGUACCUCAGGGGCCUCUCUCUCCUGACGCUCCAGAAAAACCCAUGCGGCAGUAUGGGUAUGAGGGUAUCAAUACAGAUGCUCCCCCCAGGCCUCCACCACCAGAGGAUGGAUACCGUGACUCUCCUCCCCCUCCACCCCCUCCAACCUCCACACACCCUCUCUUGCAGACCAGUCGCCCAGCCUCCAAUGUUGGCUACAACAUGAACUCUGGACAAGGAAACAAAUCUGUGUUCAACAAGACCAGCCCAUGGGACAGGGAAGAGAAAGAAAGAAAUGAUCGCCGGCGCCGUGAGGCUGUGCGACACUGGCGAGAUGAACAGAUCUCCUCUCUGGAGGGAAUAGAAAAUCGUACAUCUCAACAGGAGGAAAGACUACGCACCUUGAGGCUUGAAAAGGAGUUCCAGCGCCGUGCAGAAGAAAUGAAUAAUGAUGAUGAUGAGGAUGAGGAUGAGGACGAGGACGUGGAGGAUCGAGAGAAUCACAGAGAAAAUGAAGAUGAUGUAAAAUAUAAUCAAGAGAAUAAUGCAACAAGGGAAUACAAUAAGCUUACAGGAAAUGCACCUCUCAUCACCAGUGGCCAAGAGCCACGCAUGAAUGGGGGAGGACCUGUGGAUGAGGAAAGAGCAAGAAAGGUGGACGAGAUCCGACGGAAACAGCAGGAGCUUGAAGCCGCCAGUGAGGUGGAAGAGCGACUCUUGCGUGAAGCCCAGAGGCGACAGCAGGAGGAACAACUGAGACGCUUCCAAUUGCAACAAGAGCAGCCACAACGGCAACAGCAACAACAGCAGCAGCAACAGCAACAGCAACAACAGCAUUCACAUUACCAGCAUCAACAUCAUGCCACUCAAAGACUGGACACUCUGGUUGGAUCUCCAUUCCAGACCCAGUAUAGUAAUGGUCCUGUCAAUGGUUCACGAAAUCUGGGUGGCUACCCUGAACACAAUCAGAGUACUGACAGCAGUCAUGGCAUGGACACACUAGUACCAGGAGCUCAACACAGUCCGGUGCCUCCUGAGCGAGGGUCAUCUUAUAGCAUAAUGCAGCAGCAGUCACAACACUCUUCAAACAAUAAUCGACACAAGGGUCCUGAUGGUCCUCCCACUACAAUAAAGCGUGUCCAGUUUUCUGAGACAACCACCAUGGACACCCACAUCACUUAUGAUAACAAUGCAAACCAGGAGAAGACUCCAAGGCAGGAUCCUGAUAAUUUUAUCAAUGAAGCAGAGACUCUUCUUAACUCCUCUCCAAACCGCACUGGUGGAACACCAGGUGUCAUUGGUGCUCAGGAAGUGUACAGGGAUCCGCGUUGGCGCCGCCUGCAAGAAAAGCAAGCGCAGCAAGCAGCAGCCAAGACCCCUGGCCCUGAGAAACUCUCUUUCAAGGAGAAGAUGAAAAUGUUUGCUAUGGAAACUGGUGAGGCUGAAACACCCAAAGACAAAGUUAAAAUCAGCCGUGCUCAGAGAGACAUUGAACACUGAGAAAAAGAAACACAUUAAUGGCUGUUACUUGAUGUACCAGUGAGAGACAGUCUAAGGUCACAGUGGUUCUCAGUUUACAUAAAACAAACGUUCUGCAGGAGAUGCUUAUGAACGUGUGAUUUGACAAAGGAAGGUCUGACUUCGUUUCGUAAAUGCUGAAAUAUUCAGUAAACCGAGACCAGUUGUUAUAUAUAUAUAUUUUAUAUUUCUUUUACUCUAUUUUAUGUAUAGCUGACCAUUUGAUGCAAGUCAAAAGUUAGUAUGUUGUUAUUUUAGAUUGCUGCAAACAUUUUAUUUCAAAUGAGCUAAAGGACAUAAUGUAUAUUAUUGGCAGCUUGUUGGGGAGGAUAAGACCUUUUGUGUUCCUGUAAUAUAGUAGCUAGCAUUUCAUACCCACAUAUCAGCACGAGUACAAAGUGUACAGAAGUGGAGCAUCUCCCUCCAGCAACUGUCAGGGUAGCUGGUCACCUGCUUGAGGUGUUACCAGCACCCAGGGAACUUCAUCAGUCAUCUCCCCGCCUCAUGUGGACCAAACGGAGGACCCACAUAGUUUACCUAUAUACUAAACCAAGCCUUUAUAGGAAUGCAUUGUUGUUGACCUGCCUUAUAGAUUGGCCAAGAUUCAUUUACUGUCAUAUCAUUGGACAUAGCUUUGUAGGUCAAUUGUCCCUACAAGGUAUUGGCUAUAUCCCUCUGUACAUAUGUAAAGUUUGAGGAUAUGGUAGGUAGGCACCUCUGCAUACUCAACCAAAACCUGCACGUUUGCUUCAGUAUUGUGGUUAAAAAUGAGUUUUGGUAAUACAUUUCUUUGGGUUCUCUUCCAUAUGUUCCACAUAAGAAAACAAUGUCAUUAAUACCCUAAGUGGGAAUCUUGCAAAGGAAUCUUGUCACAAUUACUAGAUAGAGUUGGUCAUACCUUCACACUUAGUAAAUGUCUGUCAUAUUGGAUGAAGAAUAAUUAUAUAAUGUACAUUUAUCAAUUAUUUUAUGAUUACUAUGGAACAAAGUGUGGUAGGCUGGGGUAUGUGGAUAGAAGAUUAGUUGUGUCUGUGAUAAAGGGUGACCCCAGCCUCGCCUCACUCAUUUUACACAAUACAAUAAACACAGAUA